CGGUAUCAUCAAUUCACAACCAUAUAGCAAGUCAGCACCAUAAUCAAGAAUAUGUCUUAAUUAAGAAGAUAUAUUUUUCUUUUUCCCUCGUUGGCUUUUUAAAUUGCCAUGUGAGGAUAGGAGGAUAUAUGUAUUGCCCUGCACACUCUGAGGAGGUCGAAGCAGCCUUCAACGCCCUCCUGCUCUGUUUCUGAUUCAUAGCACAGAUCGUCGUUUUCCCCUAAAAAGCCUUUUUUUUUUUUUUUUUCCUUCUGGUCUUCACGUAAAUCUCUUUGCCAUCGAAGGGCGCCAUUCCAGUCAGUGCUAAUUACAGCAGGGAAGAACGAUUUAUUGAUUCUCUUAUCCAAACGCCUCUCUGUCUCUUUCGUCCUCUGUUUCUGAUCACCAAGAGCAGGGGAGGCGACCACAAUGUCUGCAGAGCACCCAGGGCGCUGUAAUGGAGUCGCUUUGGAUGUCAACGAAGAUGUCCCUGCCCCCGCCAAGUCGAGGAAAGGAGAGACCAAUGAAUGCUUCACCUUCCCCUUUGUCCAGAAGUUGAUAGCGGAGGUGGCCGGGACGUAUUUCCUGUUGUUCUCCGGGUGCAUGUCAGUCGUCGUGAACAAGAACCACGACAACGUGAUCGGGCUGGUGGGGAUAUCAAUCGUGUGGGGGCUCGUCGUCACGGUCCUCAUCUACUCCGUCGGCCACAUCUCCGGCGCCCACUUCAACCCCGCUGUCACCUUCGCCUUCGCCACCUGCGGACGCUUCCCCUGGAAACAGGUAGUGCCAUACUGGUCAGCACAAGUGCUGGCAUCAUUACUGGCUAAUGGAACCCUAAGAUUGCUAUUCACCGGGAAGGAGAACCAGUUCGCCGGUACUCAACCGGCCGGCUCCGACAUGCAGGCCUUUGUGAUAGAGUUCAUCAUCACCUUCUACCUCAUGUUCAUCGUCUCCGGUGUUGCCACUGAUAAUCGAGCGAUAGGAGAACUCGCGGGUCUUGCCAUUGGUGCAACUGUCCUACUUAACGUGAUUUUUGCCGGGGCAAUAACGGGUGCCUCAAUGAACCCAGCAAGGAGUUUGGGGCCAGCCGUACUACACCACCAUUACAAAGGGCUGUGGAUAUAUAUUUUAGCACCGACACUCGGUGCGGUUGCUGGAGCGUGGGUCUACAAUCUCAUCCGAUUCACGGAUAAGCCCUUGCGGGAGAUCACCAAGUCCGGGUCCUUCCUCAAGAGCUUGAACCGCAAUGGCUCAUCUGCUACUUAAGACCAUAAAUACGUUCGAUUUCGAAUUUUUUUCCUUUUUAGUCUAUUGCCAAAAAUGACGACUGAUGAGAUGACUCUGGCUGUGCAUACUCUUGUAAGUGUUUCGUUGGGACGGCCAGGUGUAAUUUUUCUGUCGUUUUUGUUAAGUUGGGUAAUGUCGAUGAUCAUCAUGUUAAUUUGUUGGACAUCAUCAAGAUAAUUUUUCUUUUUUCUUU